AUCUGCGAGCAGAGAGCGUGUCGGCGCGCACGGACGCGAGAACCCACUCCCAACAAGCGGAGGACUGACAAGCAGAGACAGUCUUCUUUUUUUGUCCGAGCCUUGCAUCUGAUGCUCAGAUGCACAUCAAACACACGCACUGAUCCUUACAGAUGAGCCCAGGAAUCAAGUUUGCAAGGACAGAUGAUGAUUCCUUCUUCCCUCUGAUCACUUCCAAUUGAUUGACAUUCCCUUUGACUUGCCAACAGGACUAUAAUUAAAUUUAGGAAUAUACUUUUGGGACUCUUGGAUUUUAAAAAUCAUCCCUGCUUUUCGGUGUCACUUGUCUUCAGCGCUUGAAAAUUGCGCGCAACGAUGGCGCAAAGGUACGAUGAGUUGGCUCAUUACGGAGGCGGGAUGGAUGGAGUUGGAGUCCCGACAUCCAUGUACGGAGACCCCCACGCCCCGCGGCCCCUACCCCAGGUCCACCACCUGAACCACGGGCCGCCCCCGCAUCCCACGCAGCACUACGGGGCCCACGCACCGCACAGCAUCAUGCCGGGCAGCAUGGGCAGUGCGGUCAAUGACGCCCUGAAAAGAGACAAGGACCAGAUUUACGGCCAUCCUUUAUUCCCGCUUCUUGCCCUGGUUUUCGAAAAGUGCGAGCUGGCGACGUGUACGCCCAGAGAACCCGGAGUGGCUGGCGGCGACGUGUGCUCCUCGGAUUCUUUCAACGAAGACAUAGCGGUGUUUGCCAAACAGAUCCGAGCAGAGAAACCUUUAUUUUCUUCGAACCCGGAGCUGGAUAACUUGAUGAUUCAAGCCAUCCAAGUGCUGCGUUUUCAUCUACUGGAAUUGGAAAAGGUGCACGAGCUUUGCGAUAACUUCUGCCAUCGGUACAUCAGCUGCCUGAAAGGCAAAAUGCCCAUCGACUUGGUCAUUGAGGAGCGGGACGUCUGCAAGUCGGAUUUUGAUGAUCUGUCGGGAUCGUCCACCAACCUCGCAGAUCAUAACCCGGCAUCCUGGAGAGACUUGGAUGACGCCCACUCCACACCCUCGGUAGGAACCCCGGGACCAUCCAGUGGGGGACACGUCUCUCAGAGCGGAGACAACACCAGUGAACUCGGAGAUGGUCUCGACAACAGCCUAGCAUCACCGGGCACGGGAGAUGAAGAUGACCAGGACAAGAAGAGGCAGAAGAAAAGAGGCAUCUUCCCGAAAGUGGCGACAAAUAUCAUGAGAGCGUGGCUAUUCCAGCACCUUACGCAUCCGUAUCCCUCAGAGGAACAGAAGAAACAGUUAGCACAAGACACGGGCCUCACCAUUCUCCAAGUCAACAACUGGUUCAUCAAUGCACGGAGGAGAAUAGUUCAGCCGAUGAUCGACCAGUCCAACAGAGCAGUGAGUCAGGGUACAGCUUACAGUCCAGACGGCCAACCAAUGGGAGGCUUUGUCCUUGAUGGACAGCAGCACAUGGGCCUUCGACCCGGAGGUCCGAUGGGGGGUAUGGGUAUGAACAUGGGCAUGGACGGGCAAUGGCACUACAUGUAAGACCACAUUGCUGAGGCCAGCCUCAACAACAGGGCAGAGCCUCCAUGGUUGGCUCAGGGAUCUUCAUUCAUCUUGUGGAGCUUGAAGCCGCCGGUGCAUAUCCCACGUGACCACCCCCCACGCGCCUCACCUCAACUUUGACGCUCCGUCGCUUUUGCACGGGCACGUGUGUCGAGGAUCACGUGUUGGGGUUGGGGGU